AUGAAUAAUGCCAUUGCUCGUCCGGCGCCGUAUCAAACAAUCCAGUUGUGCGAAGUUAGGCCGAGGCAAAAAGACCCGCAGUCUCGUCCCGGUAUUUUUGAGGCGGAUGCGGUCUGGAAGCCAGAGAAUAAGACUUACAGUCCCGGAAUUUCAGGGUAAUCCUGGGUCUUACCUCUUAAAUUCCUGUAGAUUGCAUGACGAAAUCAUCGAUUUUGUCACGUACAUAUCCCCGACGCCGGAGGAGCACUGGGUGAGGGAGAUCGUUGUCGCGAAAGUGAAGAAUAUAGUUUACCGAUUAUGGCCCGAGUGUCAUGUACGUUUUUCUGUUUUCUGACCCGACCAUUUUAGAUUGAUGUCUUUGGGAGUUACAAGACGGGACUGUACCUUCCAACGAGGUAACUUUUCACUCGCUUUUGACACCCUUUAGCGACAUCGAUAUGGUCAUUUUUGGAAAGUGGGAGGCCCUACCUCUCCGAACUCUUGAAAAUGCCCUCCGUAUGAGCGGCGUGGCCUCGGAUAUACGGGUCCUUUCGAGGGCCACUGUCCCCAUUGUUAAAUUGACGGACGUUGACACUGGUUUGCACGUUGACAUCAGCUUCAACAUGAUCAACAGCGUCCGUGCCGCAGAUAUGAUACGCGAUUACCUAGGCGUCUAUCCUUGCUUGCAGCACCUCGUUUUUGUUCUGAAGCAAUUUCUUCUACAGCGGGAUUUAAACGAAGUUUGGACUGGUGGAAUAAGCUCUUACGCCCUGAUUCUGAUGACCAUCAGUUUUCUUCAGGUAACCUUGCAAUGAAUAUGCGUUCUCAGUGCUGUCGCCGCAUUGCCGUAAAAGUGGUUUAGCCGAUGUUCUUGUAUCUUAUUCCGUCCCAGAAUUCCGUACCCAAACGCACUGAGAUCGAGGAUUUGAACCUGGGGACGCUGUUAAUUGAAGUAUUCGAACUUUACGGUUCGAAGUUCAACUACAUGACUACUGCUAUUCGAGUCCGCGACGGUGGGGCUUACAUUCGGAAGGAAGAAGUACAAAAGAACAUGGAGCCUGGAUCCGCUGCGUCGAUUCUUUGUAUCGAGGAUCCUCUUUGCCCCGGUAAGUCAAUCAGCCAGUGCAAGCACAUUGUUACUGUUCGUUUUCAACUUACCCUAUGGACUGUUGUAAUAAUUAACCUGCAGGUAAUGAUGUUGGGCGUCGCUCAUAUGGUGCACUUCAAGUGAAGAAAGCUUUUGGGUACGCCUUCACCGUACUAAAAAGUGCAGUUCUUUCCCAGACUGCGUCUACUGGAAGUCAUGGCGACUCAAUCCUCGCUCGCAUAAUUCGAAUAUCCCACGUAAGUCUGGUCAAAGCCACUUAAAAUCUUCAGUAGUAUUUCGUUCGGCUGUCAAAAGGUCUAACGCUCAUGUUGUUGGGUUUUAGACGACUGAAGAAAGUCGCAUGCGUGUGCGGAUACACGCCCAGCACCUUUAUUCCAUCCUGCCAUACAUUAUUGUCCCAUUCGCUCAUUCGGCAAAAGCUAGUCACCAGCCAAUCUCACAACCUGGGUCAAAUGCGGCCGUCAGUGUGUCCAUUGCCUCUUCCCAAAGUAGCGGGUCUGUUUUAUGUCCUCCCAGUGAUCAGACAAGUUCCUCGACUUCAACUAAGGAUCGCAUCGUUGUCUCCGCGCGCGGUUUCGCCAGUCAACCACCGCUUCUAAGGACACCUUGUUCGAAGGACGUGCUGAGGCUUUCUAACCCGAUAUCCCCUUAUUUAUUCCCUCAACCUACGGUAGUGUACGACCCCAACACAAGGCCUUCCCUGGUCCCCCUUCCUACUCCUCUUCCCCCAACACCGAGUGUCGAACCUCCUGUGUUUAUUUUAUGGCCCCCUGCCUUCCCUCCGAUGCAAGGCCAUGCAUUCCCUUUGUAUAACACUCAACCUGUCCCACAGGAUUCUGAAUCUGCCAUGUCUUCCAAAACAUCUGAAGUUAGUUCGGAUGAUAACUCUGUUCAGGAUGUCUCAAGCGCGGUGAGCAGUUCGUGUCAAGUGCAAAAAGAACACGACGCUGGGAGUUCUGAGGAUCGCCAAAAAACUAGUGAUAUCCAACAACAAUCGGCUGACCGGAACAAGUAAGGCUCUAUGCUGCAGUAUUUUGUUUUUCGCUCAAAGUAACUUACGCAUUUACACAUAAGUUUUGAUUUCUUGAAUUCUGUUUGCUCAUGAUUGUCAUUGGUCAGGCCACAAAGUUCAUGAACAGACAACGCUGCGACUAUCCCUAGUGUGCUUUCGGCAUAAACAUGUUAUUAUUCUUUUUUAAGCUCGCCAUCUCAUUGAGUUUGGUAUUUAGUGAAGUUUUACUGUUUCACCAGUCUCACGUGUUUGGUAGAGCUCGCGUCCCACAAAUUUUCCAGUCCUGUUUAGUUCUGUUCUGACUUGGCAUUGACCGACGUGUGUCUAAGCACAUUUUCCUCAUCACAGAAGUUCCAGAUCCUCGUCGGUCGCCACCAAUUGUGCAGGCCUUGAGCACCGUCUUGCCCCCUUACGCUUGGUUUCGUCUGAGCAGAACAUGUCCUGCAGCGACACCAAUUCUACCAGCCACGAGGACUCGGUAGAUCAGUCUACCUCUCCGACAUUUGCCGACUCAGCCUCUGCCAGCAACGACGAGUCCUGUGAUACCUCUUACCCCACAAGGGCUGAAGAACGCAAGAAGUCCGGGCCCAACUCGAAUCUUGGAUCUAAGGCCAGAUGUCCACGCCGACGUCGCCGUCCUUUAAGACGAGGAAAUAAUGCAUGCACACCUGGUACCGAAGACUCCGAAGCUCUUGAGGAGCAGUCGAGUGGAACCGCUGACAUGGAUUCUCAGUUCACUGGUUGUAGCCUGAAGCGGAAAUGUUCGCAGUUGCGAUGCCCAACUGCCGGCGGACGGCUCGGACAAAAUACGUCCAACAGCACCUUACCGGUGGGCGAAAAGCAGUCUCCAGAGUCCGGCCAGCAGCAGCGAGGCGGGAACGCUUGGUUCCCCGCCAAGUCUUCAGUACGAACCAGUUCUAGUUCCCCCGCCAAGAGCGACGACCACAGUGCAAGUCUUGGGCGAAACCGUCCUAAAAAGAGCGAGCAGUGCGCUCCUUCAAAUUCCUCAAAGGAAAAGUUUGUCUCGGCAAAUGUUUCUGCCCCUCCAGCUCUGAAAAGGCUGGCUACCGGCAGACCGCGCUGA